AAGUUGGACUAGGAAAAGCGGUGAUAUUCGCGAGCGUGGAUGGGUGAUCGUGAUACGUUCCUGACGACAGGGACCGAAUGAGAUGAUGGCAGAUGUGGGGGAGAAGCUGCAACAAGGCUCCCCCAGUGCCAAACAAGGGACUGGCGGUACCGGUACCAUCCAGAGUAAAGGAAGUCAUGCAUCCGCGGCUGCCAGCCCGCUCUCGUCCCUCCAGAAUGCCACUAACUCCAUGUUCUCCAAUCACGCUUUUUUCGCACAAGCACUGUUGAGUGGAGGAUCAAGUACAAGUGUUCCAGGCUUGGGGUCAUUUGCCAUGCCAUUUGGGUUUUUCCCACCUCCCUCCACCACCGCAUCUUCCAUUAGCACGCAUCAGCAGCAACAGCAGCAGCAGCAGCAGCAACAGCAACAGCAACAGCAAGCCAAUGCAGCAUGGUGGUCAAUGGCAUCACAGCUGGCAGCUCAGGACUACUUGGCCCGACUGAGUGGAUCUUCUCAUGCUGUGUUUGGGCAUCAUCUUGCACCUGAUCCUUUGCUUGCAGCUGCCAGUCUGGAUUAUCUGGCUGCUCAGCAAGCUCAGCAGCUAGCCCAGCAUUCAAAACAGACUUCAUCAUCCAGCAAUAAAAGUGUGACUUCAACUGCCACAUCAUCUGGAAAGCUGCUCACUUCCACUUCUUCAUCCAAGUCCUCACCACUUCCUUCUAAUGUGUUCAGCACAAAUUCAAUGUUGGGAGGAAAGAGUGAACUUGAAGCAUUGAGGCAGAUGUCAAGUAUGUCUGGCACCUCCCCCAGUCCCACUCACUCGAAAAGAAGUAGAAGGAAAGGCAGCCCCUAUGAGAACAGUGUUCCUCCAGAUUCUUCUCCCCAGACUUCUGAGAAAAAGGAUUACUCAGAGGUGCUGCUUGGAAAGAACAUCCCUGGACUGACCAUCAGUGUGAUCCCUCCACGGUCUGCGGGAGGGGCCAUGGGAUUAUCCAAUGGUGUUCAGGAUCUCAGUUCCAAAAAGAAAGCAGAUGAUUCUGAGGAAAAGCCUGAGGAAACAGACAACCUUGCUGCUCCUUUGAACCUCUCACUUAAAUCCACCUCAUCUGAUGAGGCAUCAUCUGCUUCUAACCUUAAGAAGACUAGUCUUCAUCUGCCAACCUCCUCCUCCUCUUCUCCCUCCAUUGCCACCCACUACUACUACUUGGGAGAAAAUGGCUCUGAAAGUGUGAGAAAAGGAAAUCAACAGGAACUUAAGGGAUUAGGGAUUGAGUCAGUCAAAGCCAAAUCGAGCGGUCGAAGCAGGAGUCUAGGACGUGGUGGAUCAUCUCGACCAAAGAAGAACACUGUGGCAUCUCUCCUGGCUCAGAGCCGUGCCCUUGGAAUUAAGCCCAGUCCUGGUCUCUCAGUUCUCAAAAGCAGCAGCAGGUCUUCAAGUCCAGGCUCUACUGAACUGGAGACCUCAAGAUCCAAGCGCACUCACGAGGAUGCAUUUGAUGUGGACUCCAAGCGAGCUCGUACAGAUGACUGCACAAGUGAGAGGGAAUCACUUGGUGGAGAUGAGAGUGAGACUCAUGCAGAGGCAAGUAGUGAUGUGGAUGAGUCAUACUCUGAUGGAGAGGACUCGAGUCGCAUGUCUGUCUCUUCAGACUGCAUCCCUUCAUCCACAUACUCAGGGCAAAGCAACUACACUUGGGAAUUUGGUUCCAUUGCUCCAGCAUUUCCUCGGAGACGUCGCCGUAUAAUCGUGGAUGAGCGGGACCUGCGUAUCCCCUUGAAGCUCGGUUGGAAGCGAGAGACACUCAUUCGAGACAUUGCUGCUUCUGGUGUGAAGGGAGAAGUGGUGUAUUAUGCUCCAUGUGGCAAGAAACUCAAACAGUAUCCUGAAGUUGUUCGAUAUUUGGAGAGACGGAACAUCACAAACAUCUCUAGAGACAACUUCAGCUUCAGUACCAAGUGCAUUGUUGGGGAUUACAUCUCCCCAACUCCAGAUGGGAAGACACUGCACAUAUCUGAAGAGGAGGUCUGGCUUCAGGUGGAGGAACUGCGUGCCAGCCAUGGUGGGAUGUCCCGAGCAGAUAAGAUGCGAGAGAAGCGACGAGAGGAGAGAGAACAGCAAACACGCAUCAUUGAAGAACUCAAAGCUGAGAACCGUUUGGAUGAAGGUGAGGUGACUCGUCGCCUGGCCGAGUGGAAAGCUUCUCGUAAAAUGGAGCGAGAGGUUGCAAGGGCUGCUGAACGGGAGGCCAGACGUCACCAGAUGGAACUGGCUCGAGCUCAGCGCGAAAAGGAACGACAUGAACGUCAGGAAGCCCUCCGACGUAUGCAAGAGGAACGUAAUCGACAAUUGCAAAAGGAGAAGGAGUUGAAGAGGCAGCAGGCCAUCUUGCUUCAGGAACAGGCUGCCAAGCUGUACAUGCAAGAGUUGAACAAGCAGAGGGAGAUGAUGAUGAACCUUGAGCUGGAGCGUGAGCGUCGUCGACAGCAGCUUGCACUUGCCAAGGCAUUGGAAGCCCAGCGUCGGCAGGAGGAGCGAGAGCGAAAGCGAGAGGAGUUGGACCUGGAACGAGAGGCUACACGCUCUCGGCGCAUGCAGAAGAACAAACUAGAGAUUGAGAACCUCAAGGAUCUCCAUCGGACCACAGAAGACAUGGAGCUCUCUGAUCAUAAAGACCUGCCUGAGCUAGAGAGAAUCCCUGGUCUGAAGCUGAGUGGUCAGGCAUUUGGGGAAAUUCUGAUGGUCUUUGAAUUCUUGCACAACUUUGGAGAAACUCUUGGCUUUGAUAUGGGAAGUCUUCCAACGCUGAACAGUCUCCAAAAAGCAUUGUUGAAUGAUGAUGCAGCUGAGGAUGAGAUGCUGUCUGUCAUGACCCAUCUUCUUGUCUGUGCAAUUGAAGAUCCUGGUAUUCCCCAUCCACAUCGACAUACCACCAUUCUUGGUCAAACCCUGCGUCAGGCUGACAUCACCCCUGCCAACCUGUCAGAGAUUCUUCGGAUCUACUUGUAUGCCAAUGCAACUGGGGAGGUGAAGAUGUUGAUGGGGAUCCCACCCGACAAGAAGGAUGUUCUGGUUGAGAAAACUGAUGAGUAUAAGGAACGCCUGGAAAACAAUGAGACAUACAAGAUGUCAAAGUGGGUAUCUGACAAGCCAUUCCUAUCCCUGAACCCCAUGCAAAAAUCUGCCAUCCUUGGCUUCAUAUGCAAUGAAUUAUUGCAGAACAAGGCAGUUGUUAAGCAAGUUGAUGCAAGCUUAGAUAAAGUCCUUGCUGAAAAGAGGAGCAAAUGGGCCCUUGAGGCUGAUAUCCGCAAGUUGAAAGCAGCCCAGGGUGCAAAGUCUAGGCGAGGCAGUGAGCAACCCACACCUGUUCCAGAAGACUCUAUGUCCAACAUGUCAGAUCGGAGAGAAGAGGAAAAGUUGAAGAGCAAAGAUGGAAAUGGUGAGAUGGAGGAUGAGGAGAGUGGGGCCGAGAGCGAUGACCAGAACGAGGAUGAUGUCUCCUUCACUGCUACUCCUGAGGAGGCUGAGAAUAUGAGCAAGGAGGACAUAGAUAAGAAGCUGGAGCAGUUGGAUGAGCAGUGCAUGGAGGCUAAGAAGAGAAUCUGGGAUGCAUGUCUUACACUCAGGGCAGUCAGCUUGGGUGAAGAUAGGUAUAAGAGGAGGUACUGGGUUCUUCCAUUCGCUGGGGGUCUCUAUGUAGAGGCCAUGGAGUCAGGGAGCCUUUUUCCUGAUGAGGAAGAGGCUGAUCCUGAGAAGGAGAAAGAAGAUAAGGGAGGAUCGGAACAGAAUAAGGAAGAAUCAUCAAAUAAGGAAGAUGAAAUUGUGGAGAAGGAGGGAGAAGUGAAAGUGAAGAUAGAGGAGAAGAAAGACUCAAAGGAAGAGGAGAAGGAAGCAGGGGAGUCGAGACUCCGAACGCAGCUGACCAACGGUGUACCUGAUGCAUCUGUGAAUUUGUGUGAUAGUGUAGGUUGUGCGGACAAAGUGGCAAUGGGUGAUGAUUGCAUAGCAUCAGAUGCCAAAGUCCCACAUCCAAAGAUGGAACUCCCCUCCCCAGUGAAACGGGAAGAUGUGAAGAUAGAAUCAUGUGAUGAUGCUGAGUCGAAAGUGGCAGCAGGUGACACUGAGUCAAAGAUGGAAGCAGAUGACAAAAUUCAAGAAUCUGGACUGACUUCAUCAGCUAAGAAAGAAGAAAUACAUUUGCCAAAGACAGAAGAUUGUGAAGGACCAUCAUUAAAAAAGCCUGAUGUGAAAGUAAAAUCAGGCCCUUCGGCAGCUGUCUUACCGGGUGGCGCACUGUUGAUUGCUCCUAGUGGGUCCAGUCGAGACUCUGAUCUCUUUGCCCAUACCCGUUCUCUUGUGAAUCCCCAUUCCCUUUUCAAUGGUGGAAUGUGUGACAAGGACUUCUCCCAGUACUUGAAAUACCUAGGAGGUGGUUUUCAUCCCCUAGAGGUGAUGUAUGCUUCUUACGGAUUGGGUGCAACAGCCUGGGACCGUGAAAUGCAGGAACGGCUGGAGCAAGAAGUGCGAGCCAAUGCCCAGCUUCUUCCUGCAUCUGACAUCUCAAAACUUGCAAUGCUUCUUGGUGAUAAGAAUUUGUCUUUACUAGCAGCCAAGGAGAAAGUUCAAGCACAACCCAUCCCUCCCUAUGCAAAACGAGGGUGGUGGCGUAUCCACAAUCCAGAGGAUGUGCAGAAGCUGCGGCAAGCAUUGCACAUCCGUGGCAUCCGUGAAAAGGAGCUCAAGCGCUUCAUCAUCAAAUUUGAGGACCUGGUGAAGCGGGCUUGCACAAAGAUUGGGUCAAGAGAAACCAACUUUGAAGUGAAAGAACCUCCAAAGACAGAGAUGCGAAAGUCCCCCAGUGCUGAUGACCAGCCUGAAGCUGGAACUAAGGACUCUGAUGAAAAUGGAAAUGAAGUUGAGAAUGAACCAGAGCAGACACAUGAUGAAAAGAAGAGUGAAGAUGAAGAUGAAGAUGAAGAAGAGGAAGAGUUUCAAGUGCAGUAUAAGGAUGGGGCACCAGUGAAGGAUGAAGAGAACUCAUGGUCUUCUGACAUUGCCCUUCGUAUUGACCUUGGGACGUUAGAGCAAGUGGAGGAGCUGGAAGAGAAGGUGAUGCAAGCUUCCAUGCAGGUCAAGUGGUAUCGUCCACCACCUCGUUUCUCCAACGACGACUCUCUUGAGUUCUAUCCUGCUUGUGAUCCACCUUCUGAGAAAAAGGAAAAUCUGCUGAAUGCAGUGGAGAUUGCUCGGGAACGACUUUUGACCUUGGAGGGUGCCAUUGAACGCCGAUAUAUCAAGGCUCCUCUUGGAACCAGUGGGGGCAAUGUGAACUUGAGCACGCUGGCCAAGGAGAAGUCUAAAGAAAAGGAAAAGGUGGAUCCCAGUGAGACAAGUUUGGAGAAGGAUGGGGAUGCUUCUAUGGACAGGAGUUUCAGUGAAGAUGGAGGAAAAGAUGAGAAAGAAGGGGAAGGACAGGAUGAAAGAGAGUCAUUGGUGACCUCUCCUGUAGAGGAGAAUCUACCCAAGGGUCUUCUGGUUUGGAGGGAUGCCUUGUCUCAGUCCAAGACAGCUGCCCAGCUUUCCAUGUGCCUUCACAUGCUUCAGGCUUGCAUUGCCUGGGACAAGUCCAUCAUGAAAGCAAAUUGCCAAUUUUGCCAUAGUGGGGAUCAUGAGGAUCAACUUCUCCUUUGUGAUGGAUGUGAUAAGGGCUAUCAUACAUAUUGCUUCAAGCCACCCAUGAAGGAUAUUCCUGAUGGCGACUGGUACUGUUAUGAGUGUGUAAACAAGGCAACUGGAGAGAGGCAUUGCCUUGCAUGUGGGGGGUUGGGCCGCAGCAUUUGCAUCUGUGACGCCUGUCCAAAAGCAUUUCACAUCGAGUGCCUUACUCCUCCCCUCAACAAGGUGCCACGUGGAAAGUGGUACUGCCAGGGUUGUCAGGCAAAGCAUCCAAAUCGGAAGCGAGGUCGUCGCUCCAAGACAAGUGAAUGCUCUCAAUCAGAGUCCACCUCUGAUCGACAUGAGGACUCCCCUUCCCCAGCCAAGAAGGAGCGUCUCUCCAAGAAGAUCCUGAAGGACCUUGCCCCGUGCCAUACAAUCCUUACUGAAAUGGAGGCACAUGAUGAUGCAUGGCCAUUCCUUACUCCAGUGAACACGAAACAGUUCCCAACUUACAAAAAAAUCAUCAAGAAUCCCAUGGACCUAAGUACCAUCAAGCGGAGACUCAACGAGGGAUCGUACAAAAGCCGAGAGGAGUUCAUCACAGACACACGGUUGAUCUUCGACAACUGUGAGACGUUCAACGAAGAUGAUUCUCCAGUCGGGAAAGCCGGGCAUAACUUGCGCACGUAUUUUGAGACUCGCCUCACCGAACUCAUUCAAAAUUCCUAGUCUUUCCCCUCUUCGGUGAAAUAGUCAUGUGAUGUUGAUGGGGGUCUCUUGAAAGAAACGAAGGCAGCUGAUGGUUGUUGUCAUGUUUGAUCCCUCGUGCAAUGAGUUGCUCUCGCUGCUACAACUUCCCUGCUACGUAUUUAUGGCACGGCCGCGGUCGUAUUUAUUCCUGCGAUAUACGGGUCGAUCUCCACGUCAGAGGAUUCAACCCCCCCUCCCCCCCUUCUCAUUCCGGAACGUUUGACACUCCGGCCGUCUCGAUGCUGUCCGGCACAUUCCAGUGAUCCUCAUGCUCUCUUUCCUCUGUCUCUCCAUUUUAGAGGUUGUCUCGAUUUAGUACCUGGA